GCUUGGCGCGCUCUUUCUAAAUCCAAUACAAAAUGAGACUAAACGCAAACGCGUAGUACGUUACGUUUCGAAAUCGAAUUUAUUUACACUAGGGGUACUGCUUUUAAAAUAAUAUAAUGAAAAAAUGAAAAAAUGUGUAGACUUCAAAGGGAAAUACUUAGAAAACCAAUAAAGUCAUUUUUGUUACUAUAAUGCUGUUAAUAAUUUCUAAUACCGAAAUAUCAUUGUAUAAUGCCUCACUUUCUCACUAAAUCCGCAUAAGGAGCUUCUACAGGCUCUCUAGUGUCUUAUAAAAAGCUGUAAAGUAGUGACGUUAUCUCCACCAUCCCUUAAAUUUAGCUUAAAUCAUACAUGUAACUGAUUUGUAAAAAUGUAAAACGUUGAGGUGCAGGCUUAGACAUUUUCAGUUGUCGACAGGACUAUCGGUCUCAUCUAUUCCGGUGAGCUGGGCUGACGGUCAGCCAGACAACGCCAACACGGACGAGGACUGCUUGGUGCUGACGAGCGAGGGCAAACUGGCUGACAUGAGCUGCGAGAGCAUGCUGCCGUACUUCUGCCGCAAGGAGGACAAGUGCGGCGCCACUAAGGCAGAAGGUGAUUCUUAUUCAUCAAACUAACUAACAUAAACUACAUGAUAAGUGUUUUACCAAACAACUACACCAAAAAUACUGAGAUGAACUGGACACAUGUAGGCAGGUCAAAGAAAUUCUAUCGGGAUUAAACUACAAGCUCACCAAUACUACUGAAGACACCUAGAUACCAACUAUGAAACAUAGUAGGAUUAAUUACAGGACAUAAGACACUAGACACACAUCUCUUUAUUAUGGGUAACAGAUAGCCCCAUGUGCAGAGCUGCAGAGCGUGCAUGGAAACAACAAAACACAUUCUUCUGAACUACCUCGAUUUACGGAAAAUAUCCAGAAUAACAAAGCACCUAACUAAAUUUAAUACUAUAGAGAGCGACAAAGCCUUCUGCUGUAAGAAAAAUUGUAACUUCUUCUGUUUCGUAUUAACUGAUAAGAUAAUCCACCAAAACUAUAACCAUACUAUACUUCUCGACAUACCUCGCCUUAGUUUUAACAUUGAGAUUGACUAUGCUGAUGGCUGCGAUUGGAUAUUUAAAAUCAAUUUGCUACGAUGGCAGCCUUAGGUGGUCACUUUCUUAGGAGGAAUAGAGUUAGGUCACGUUGUCAGGAUGUCGCUUCGAGGCUUUCUUAGGACGAUAACUUUCUAAGGAUGUUAUUUACUUUCGAUGUACGUCACUUCAUGAGAAGCCCCACCAUAUUAAUUUUGGGUAUUACCAAAAAUUUUAAAAUGCGUUAGAGUUGAGUGUCUCCUACAGUUUCUGUUUUCAACGCAAUGUGAAUAAGAACACCACAGUUUAUUAUUCGUUCCGUGUAUGCCUGCCUAGUGGCUGUGGGACAUAUUGCUUAUUCGCAGCUGCCAAAUAGUAUGAGGAUUUCAUGAAAGCCAAAAAAUACGGUCUAACUCACGUGAUUUUAGUCACUCGCGCGACAUGUGUGCGACUCAUAACAGUUUAAAUUCGAUCCAAUGAAAGUUCAUAUUUACACGAAAUCGUGGGUUGAAGUGAAUGCUUACAAUAUGUUAAUCUUAUUAUUUCCUCUACGAGACAGGCUAUGCCUAGUGUGGAGGUCAGUAUAACAUGUAACACUGUUUAAACUUAUAUUGGUCAAAUAAACAAUUUGUAUUUUGUAUUUGUAUUUGUAAGUCGCUUGUAUUUCCGCCACCACCAACUUUGCACAAUAGCCAAUUCCUACUUAGCAAUUAUAUGCUUUCAGGGUAUAAGUGGGAGCCCGGCACCGGCAGCUGCUACAAAUACCACGAGUCUAAAAACACGUGGCGCGAGGCCCUGGCCAAGUGCCACGCAGAGGGCGGACAUCUGACCAUCAUCAACAGUCAGACCGAAUCUACCGUGCUCAAGGAAUUAUUUAAAGACAAAGAUGAAUAUCAUGCCUUUAUCGGUUUUUCGCAUUAUUAUGAUGACGUGUGGGCAACAAUUAAUGGUAAGGGUUGGUUUUUACUACCUUCAAAUUCGGAUAUUACGAUUCCUACUUAUAAAAAACUGUAUUACAUUUUAGUAGUUCUAUUUCGUGUGUUGACAGGUGAGAGACUCUCCGAGGCCGGUUUUUCAGAGUGGGACAAAGAUGAGCCCAACAACGUCAGUAAAAAUGAGUUUUGCGGCUCCAUCCAUCACAAUGGACUUCUGAACGACGCCCCGUGCAACCGAGGCGCUCCAUUUAUUUGCGAGUUUACCCCUAAACAUUAACGGCCGUUUGUUCAAACUUAGGUAUCUAGCAGUUUUGUUACAUGUAUACAAUUGCAUUAUAGGAAAUACUCGUACAGUCAGUGUCAAUAGUAGCGGUUGAAACAACGCGCCAAAAUUAUCUGCCACCCUGGAAUUAUUUUCCAAAUACAGUUAAAGCGGGACCAGAAAUAUAUGAUCAUUGUCAAGAGGGCGCUGUUAAAUUAGUUUAGUAUGAUAAAUUUAGUUCCCAUGAAAUUCC